AUACACACGUGAAAGCUUAUCCUUGAAGUUAAGUAAACACGAAUACGGAAGUAAAAAUUAAAGAUAUCUAGAUCUGAAGGUACGUACACAUCCACUCCUCGUAACAAGCACGAAUCCGAGUUUGUAAAGGACAGACUCGGGGCGAUGGAACAGCAACAGCAAUGCGCCGUCAAAUGUGAUUUGUGCGGUACCAAUGAGAAUGCUACGAAGUUUUGCAUGCACUGUAGAGAGACCAUGUGCGGGCACUGCUCCGAGAUCCACUCCAAAAGCAUAGCCUCCCAGGCCCAUGAGAUCAUACGACGGAGCCUGGUCUCAUCCUACGACAUUCUGGAUGACAUGAAGUGUUCCGUCCAUCAGAGCAAGCUCUGCGAGAUGUAUUGUGUCACGUGCGAUAAGAUCGUCUGCACCAAAUGUGUCACCGACAACCAUCGCGGCCACGAGUUCGACCAACUCGAUAAACUUUUCAAGACGAAGCCAAAAGAAUUUGAGACCCUCUUGAAGGAUUUCAAUCAAAUAGUAACGCCGAAAUAUUUGAGAGAGUGUGAAAUUCUUGAGAAAAGGUUGUUGGAAAUAGAAAACAACCAAGCAGCUACGGAAACGGAGAUCCACGAUCAAGCAGAGGCUUUUAAAGCAUGUGUUGGUACACUGGAGGAAAAACUGAAGAGAAUGUUACAAGUGGUCAUAAAGAGCGAAAAGCAACCGAUCAAAAAUGCAUUAGCAUCGAAGCGAGAAAAUUAUACACAAUUACAAAAGACCAUUAAAGAAAUGCAAGUUGUGCUGGAGAAGCAUCACAUAGCAAACAUUCCGCUUCUGCUUAAUAACAUAAGGCAGCGCCUGUCUGCUCUUUCGUCGGAAGAAGACAUUGCUAUCCAUACCGAGACUGCUGUGUUCGAAAAAUAUGAAAUUUCCUUGGAAAGAUUGGAAACCUUCUUCGGACAAUUCAGCGUUGGAACACCGGGUGACCUACGAAAAAGAACACUGCCGCCCGUGAAAACACCAAUAUCCGUCAAGAAAGUCAUAGAAAUACGUGGAACUUCGCCCCUGUCCUCUGUGACAAUAGCCAAUGAAAAGGAGCUGCUCAUCAGCGGAGACAAGUAUGGUUUUCAGAUCAGUAAGGAAAGCGGUAAUGUGCAAAUGGAGGUGUUUCAGAAAUUUGGACUUCGUGAGCCAGCUGUUGUCUUGUCUAAUGGACUGCUCGUGGCUCGAGAUGGAAAAUGUCCCAACAAGAUCGUCAAAAUCUUGUCCAACCAGGUUCGAACCGUCUUUUUGGAUCUUACUGUUGAUAUCAUCACAGGACUUCACAUGACACGAAAGAGCGAGAUUCUAGUGUCCGUGGUGCAGUCCGAGGACUGUUCGGGAGAAGUCUUGAAGUACGACAAGCUAGGAGAGGCAGCUUUACGGAUUUACCAGAAAGAGUCGGGCGAGGCUCUAUUUGCCUACCCGACCUCUGUCACAGAGAAUCUGAAUGGAGACAUCUGGGUAGUCGACAAAGAGACAGAUUCUAUUGAGAUCCUCGACCGGUUUGGGCUCUACAGGUUUACGUACAAGAACAGUGACAUUUUGAAGAAUUUUAAGCCGCAUUCUCUAACCAGCGACUCUAAUGGGAACAUUCUGAUAUCGGACCGAGGAAACCAGACGAUCCACGUGAUCGAUAGAGAUGGGCGGGCGCUGAGAUACCUGGACACUGCCAGUCUGGGUAUCAGUCCCACUGGGCUAGCAGUGGAAGCCCCUGGGCUACUGUGGGCUCUGGACAGUGAUAAGAGAUGCUGCUCCCUUCUGAAUUAUUUUUGAAUUACCUGUAACUCCUUGACAUGUGUUGUGGUAUUUUGAAAAGAAGGCUGGGUGGUUAACAAAUUAACAAUCAGUUGUUUCUUAACUUUUUAGAUAACAUGUAUUUAGCUAUAAACUAUCAUUUAAAAAAACAUAAAAAUUAAAAAUCUUUCUAAUUUAGCUUUAAAUUUUGAACAUUUUGCUAUAUUUCUAAACAGCUCUUCUUUAUAAGGAGAUUAAUCUUUACAGAAAAUGGCCUCAACUAUCAAGUCCUCUUACUACAAUCACUCUCUUUAACCUACAUAUUUCGACAUGUAAAGAAAUUGGGUCUUAUAAAAAUUGUCUUUAAGUUAUACAACCUCACGUUGUAGGACAACUAAAACGUGUUUUUGCAAGACACGAUUGAUUUCCGUUCAAUGUUCUGUCAAUCAAACAUCCCACGGGAUUUACACUGCAUAUACAUAUGUUAUAUACAAUAAAAAUUGUACAUUUCAUGGAUGUGUCAUACACCCAUGAAAUGUAUGUCUUUAAUACAUGUAUCUCUCAUUUUCUCCGUACAGUAUGUACAAAUAUACAAGAGGACGUACUGUUUUUCAAAAAGAAAAUUUACUGUGAUAAUAUUUUGCAAUGAACAAAUUUUUUAUUACUUAUUUAUUGAGUAUUUGAUAUUGCACUACCAAACAGCUGUUGUAGUUAUAAGGCACAUGGAAAUUGUGCUGGUCUUGUGUGAUCAUAAAAUACAUGAUGGAUAUUAAAGGUCCUUAUAUGGGAUAGGUACCUUAAAGGCACAAGGUCUUCCUUGAAACAUCCUGUCUCUUAAUUUACAAACAAUAAAAUGGAUAAUUGAA